AGAGCUUUGAGGUUUAACCUUCAGCGUAUACUUGCUUCAAAGAGGCCUGUUUCAAGCAAACUCAACACGAUCAUGAAGCAAGGAAGUUUUCUGCUGCUUGCUCUGAUGGUGUUCUUCUUGUUUUCUGAUAUUGCUGCUCAAAUGGUUGAUGUCCGGGAUUAUUGCAAGGACUACCCAAACGAUAGAUGCACCGAGGAGUAUCAACCCCACUGUGGCUCUGAUGGCAAAACUCAUGCCAACAAGUGUUAUUUCUGCAAUGCGUAUAUCAACAGUGGUAGAAAACUUCGGCUGAGAUAUUUCGGAAAAUGUUGAAAUCUGAAAUGCAGAAGAUGAAGGCACAUUCUCUAAAGAAUAUCCCACAAUCUCCCUGCUCAUUAACAACCCCACAAAUAAUCUGUUUUUUCCUCUUCUUUUGCUCUGUUACACCUUUAAAUGUCUUUUGUUGAUUUAUCAAUAAACAAAGCACAGCAUUAUC